AUGGCCUCAACAUGCCACAAUCUCCUCCGAGCGUAUGACCCGGUGGACUCUCCUUAUGAGGUGAGAGAGCCUGCCCACACCCCACCCCCCCCGGCGCCCCCCCCAAAGUCCCCCACGUACUUCAUAUGCAUCUAUAGAUAUGAGACAUUGGACAAGAUUUCUCAACUCCCCGGCCCUGGGAGGUCGCGAAUCCACCCUUCACCGCUCUAUCAUUCGGAGCCCAGAGGACUUUCAUCUUCUGUCAUGCGCUGUACUUACUCGAAACGAGCAAGCGGUCGGGCCUAUCCGCAACAUUCGAGCAGGCCAGAUGACUUGGUGGAGAACGCGGUAGCACCUCGAACGAAGGUUCAAAGUGAUGUGCUGUCAAACAGGUUUUGCAUUGUGAUAUGA